GUCAAAAGCUAUCUAUUUGCGAUUUGCGAUUUGCGAUUUGCGAUGGAGUUCCAAAAGUUUUUAGGAGAAGGUGCGUUCGGUUCUGUGAGUUUGUUCAAGUACAAAAGAAGACGCGACGGCAAGACUCUCCACGCCGCCGCUGUGAAGACCUCGGACGACGAACACGCCAAAUCACUCUACCAAGAAUUUCAGGUUUUGUCGGAAUUCAAAGGAUGUUCCAGAAUCGUCCAAGUCUACGGGAACAGAGUGCAAGCGAGAGUCAAUCACAUGGGUUACGUAGAGCACCAGAUUCCAAUGGAGUACGCGGCUGAAGGAAGCUUGAGAAGUUUCAUGAACCGUUUCAAAUACGGGAAAUUGCCUGAACCGAUGAUCAGAGAGUUCACGCGUAUGCUUCUCGAGGGUUUAGCAACGAUUCACGGACGCGGCUAUGUUCACUGCGAUCUCAAAACCGAAAACAUCCUUGUCUUCCCUAGUUGUGUCUACGACUACAACAAGGGUGCGUGGAGAUGGUCUUACGAAUUGAAGAUUUCUGAUUUCGGCUUGUCAAAGAAAGAGGGAGACAAUAAGUGGUGGCAUCCUGAUCAACCGUUUGCGGGAACACCAAUCUAUAUGUCCCCUGAAUCGAUCUCUCACGGCGAGACAGGGAAAGGACUUGAUUUAUGGUCCUUGGGAUGUGUUGUGUUGGAGAUGUACACUGGAAAGAAACCAUGGUGGCAUACAAACGAUUACUUGAAAGAACUCAUGAAUUGCUACGAGCCACUGUUUCCGAGUAAUCUUUCUUGCGAUGCAAAACUCUUUCUCAUGACCUGCUUCGCCGUGGAACCAGAUGAAAGAAAAGACGCCUUCACUUUGUUGAGGCAUAGCUUCGUACCUAGAGAUGUUGUCAAUCAUAAGUUGGCAAAGCUUCAGACAGAUGUCAAGAUUGACAAUCCCAAGGAUCUGGAGAAAAUUAGACAUAUGCUUCACGAAAUCAAGAGUAUGUGUUAGUUAAUUUGACAAGUUGAUGAGUUCAGCCAGAAUCCUCUUGGAGACCCUUCUCAGUCGAUUCAUUAUCACUUCUUUAUUAGUAGUGUAGUGUAAAGAAAUUUUAUUUUUGGUAUA